CAGAUUGCAGCUGCAUUGAAGCACUCUGCGGUCAAAUGAUCUAGAAACACGAGCGUAUCUCAGACACAGCCAGUCUCCGUCUAUCUCCAGGAUUUCAGCAAUUUUUUAAAAAUCAUUCUCAGAAAAUACUGAAGGCUUCACUACAGUUUCUCCAUCAGAAUGUCGUCAUCUGAAAGUGCUGCGUCACAUGAAGUCAGUGAAGCAUCAGCCCCCACAUCAGAGGCUGAAUCUCUGAGGAUCGUUCUGCUGGGCCGGACCGGGACAGGCAGAAGCUCCUCUGGCAACACCAUCCUGGGAAGGUCUGCGUUCCUGGUGGACGUGUCCCCCUGUUCUGUAACCGCACAAUGCAAGAAACAGAGCGGGAUAGUGGGAAGGCGGAGUAUCUCCGUCAUUGACACUCCCGGGCUCUUCCACACACAUCUGUCUUCUCAAGAGGUUAUGGCAGAGGUGGGACAGUGUGUUGGUUUCUCUUCUCCGGGACCCCACGCCUUCUUGGUGACACUGCAGCUCGGCAGGUUCACCCAUGAGGAGAGGGAGGCUUUUGAGUGGAUCAAAGCUAGAUUUGGGCCUGAAGUAAUGAGGUUUACGAUGGUGCUGUUCACCUGUGGUGACCAGCUGAAGGGGAAACGCAUCGAGGACUUUCUAGAGGAGAGCCAGGAGCUGUCUGAGUUUGUCAGCAGCUGCCAUGGAGGAUAUCACGUCUUUGAUAACAGCAGGCAGGAGGAAACAGAUGAAUGCUCACAACAAGUCAUGCAACUUUUGGAGAAGGUUGACCAAAUUGUGGCUAAGAAUGGAGGCAGUUGCUACAGCGAUGAGAUGCUGAAGGAGGCUGAAGGUGCCAUAAGGGAGGCACAUGAGAGGAUUCUGGGUGAAGCUGGGCACGUGGUGGAGUCUAUUCAGACAGAGGCUGAGGUCACAGAGGGGCGGCUGCCAAGAUUGGAAAAGAAGUGGGAGGAUGAGGAGAGGAGAAGGGAGGAAGAGGAGGCCCGGAAGAGAGCGGAGAAGCUUUUCUGGUGCGAGCUGGUGACCGCCCUGGGGAAAGGUGCCGCGGAGGGGGCAGGGAUCAUGGGAAAGGACAAGGGGAAAGGGAAAGCUGUGAAGAAGGCGAAGGUGGUGGAGAAAGUGGCAGCUCUGGCUGCGUCUCCGCUCUCUGUCAGGUCGGCUGCGAAAGCAGUGGGAGGGGCCGUGAGAGAAGGAAGCAAGGUGCUAUACAAACACAGAAAAACUUUACUGCGCUGAAAGGUAAAUCAAAGAGACAGGACACAACGAAGCCUGCGUGGUGAGGACAAGUCACUUGAUGUAAGGCCAGCUGGACUUCUUUAGGUUUUGAAGACAUUUCGCUUCUCAUCCAAGAUGCUUCUCUAGUGAAGGGGUCAAAUCCCUACUAAGGGUUUAUAACCCGAGACCAUCCACCAGGUGCUCUAGGGAUGAAAAAGCCUCCUGGAUGAGAGGCGAAGCAUCUUCAAAGACCUAAAAAAGCCCAGCUGCCAUUUUCUCAAGCUCCCAAGACCACCAUGACCUGGAUGAAUGAGAACCUACAGAUGCAUCACUUAACUAUGAUUGUGUUUCCAUUGUUCAAACACCACAAUCGCACCACACACGCACUCUUAGACUAUACUGUGAAAUACGAACUCACGACACAAUAAAGUCACACACACAAAAAAAAGUCCAGUUCAUCUUAUUAUGACUUCGCACAUUUGUAUUUGUCAAAAAUAGGUUAGUUCGCUACACAGAUACAAUACAUUAAAAAACAAUUUUCCCAUCAUUUCCACCCCCGACACAAUGGCGUGAUUUGGUUAAGGUAACAACACAGGAAGAUUUAAAAAUAAGAAGAACUGUUUAAAACAUUGCAGCAGUUACCUUAUCCGUCUUUGGCUUCAUAUAACAAGUGACAACAUAUUUUAGCCCUUUAUUCUCUUCUGUACAAAUGCACUGACACACAAAAGAUGACGAAGGAAUUCAUCAGAUUGCAGCUGGCAGUGAGGAAAGGAAAUGGUUUGCAUACAACGCAGUGACCUAUUCAGGGAGUGUCUAACAGCACAGAGUGAAAGAGGACAACACGCCGUAAAAAGAUCGGGGAGCACAAAUGUACAAAGACUACCAUAUUUUUAAAGACUUUGUGAAAUGUGAAGGAUUUAUACUGAAAGAGAACUACGUGUAGUCCACCUGAGUGCUGUACAAAACAAAAUUGCAGCUACAUUUUUGUGCUCAAAAUACUCUUGAUUGUUCAGGAUGUAAAUGCAAGCACCUCCAGAGUCACAGUCACCCUCAGCUUCCAAAGAAAAACAAAAAAAACCCACAAGCGUCCACAAAUACUGUUUCUGUACUGCUGUUGCUCACUCGCCUUGUUGCAUAUUAGGGACACACUUCCAGUGUCGCACCUGCAUCUUAUGGACUAAUAAAAAAAACAUGUAAACUCCUGCAAACGUACAGACUUACACCCAAAGAACCGAUCAGACAAAAAGAAAAAAGAAAAAAAUGGUCUAAACUACAAUCACAGACCAUUAGUUACAUCAUUAAGUACAAAUACAGCUGAAGGAUCUACUCUCAGAUACCGAUACAUGGCAGGCACAGAAGGGUGGAGGGGUCCGUUUUAAACCGGCAUCGGCAGGGUCAUCUUUCCUCUUCCCCGAAGCACUGAAGGAAGGCGGACGAGAAAGAAAAAAGUGAGAACAUAGCGAGGGUGAGGGAGUGUUUUUCAGCUUCCCCCACUCCUUUGUUUAGCAGGUGAGCAAACACUUUAGAGCAACCUACAGCAGCUGACAUUAAGGAUACAUAUCCUCCCUCGACAGGUAAACAAACUGAGCAGAAGCUCUUUCAGUCACAGAGCAUAGCUGUGUGCUAGGUUUCAUUGCAAAUUACUUCUGCAUGCUGUUUUAUAUCAGCAGAACAGAAAGUGCAGUAAAACAGGCAAGGCCGAUAAACCUAAUAAUAACGCUGCAAAUAUCGGAUGAUUACGCAAACAUAAUUCUGGCGUGGCGUCCUGCCAACGUAAAUGGAUCACACCUAGACUCGGCCCUGUAGCGUAGCAGCGAGUGAUCGUGUUCUUACUCACCUUUUGUGACGUAGAGGUAGAAGAAAUCGCAGUAGAAGAUGGUCUGCACCACGCCGGACACCACCGCGAUCUGGUCGAAGAAGCCCUCCGUGUGAUAGCGCCACACCCAGUUGGCGAUGUAGAGGGCUCUGUAGAGGCCGAGGAAGAACAGGUAGUGGGUGGUGAUGGACUCCGCCUCGCCAGUCUUGGUGAUCAUGAAGAGCUGUGGCAUUAUGGCCACUGCUUCCAGAAAGAUGGAGAAGGUCCACAGGAUCUGGAGGCAAAGGGGCGCGUGUUAAUUUUAAAGCUGUUUUUAAUUGAGGGAGCUCUACAUUUCUGACAGACACCUUUACCUCCAUUGGGGUAAAAGCAUAGUUCUCCAGGAAGGACAGCCCGGUGACUGGGACCAGCAGGAACUCCACGCGGAAAGUGUCGUUCUCAGAGUCGUACGUGUUCCUGAAGCGCAUGUAGAUCAAGUACACCGUAGCAUAGGACAAAGCCAGGAACACCACCUGAGGGCGGAGCCAAACACUGAUCAGGAAAAGUGAACUUAAUUGAAGACACUGUGAAACACUACAAGAUGCUUUUGCUUAUUUUGCUGACAUCCCUGCUUUGCGUUUAUUAUCUAUAUAGAUAUAUAUAUGUGUGUUAGUGAAAACACAGAGAUCACAGCUGGUACAAGAAAUGAAUGACUCAUUCAGCUUAAAGGUAAUCUGACAGGGAAAUGUGUGUGUGACUGUGUGUGGGUGUGACCUACAAACUUACCUUCAUGA